CUUCAGCUCCCCUCUUCCAACCUCAAUUACCUUUCCACAAACCAAUUACCCUUCUCCCAACCGUCAAUGCUAUGAACAACUCCUCCCAUACUCCCUAAAAACACCUACAACCCAGCACCCCCAUCACGCGACCCCCAAAAGGCAAAUCCAAAAUGCGCCUCGCCCACAUCCACUACCCGGACCUAACCUCCUUCACGCGCAUCUCCCACCUCCAACAAACCCUCACCACGCGCCUCCUCACGCACAAGAAACUCCUCUCUGCGGCGAAUGACACAACUUCCACGCUGCCACCGCCCCCGGACCCAACAAUCAUCACAUUCACCCCGCACCCCGUCUACACCACCGGCCGCCGCGACCUCCCGCCCUCGAACACUAGUCCGCGCGACACCACCGCCGCUACACCCUUACCCUCCACUACGAAUGCCACCCAGACGCAAAACACGCUCUCCCUCCCCCCACCCCUGGAACAAAUCCGCUCCCUCCUGAUCCCGCCCACGCCCUACCCUUCUUCCCAGAAACAACCCCCGGGAAAAGCAGAAUACCACCCCACCCUCCGCGGCGGGCAGACCACCUACCACGGCCCGGGGCAGAUGGUCGCAUACACGAUCCUCGACCUGCGGCGCCUGGGGCUGACCCCGCGCUGCCACAUCCGAUUGUUGGAGAACAGCGUGAUCGACGUGCUGGCCUCGUACGGGGUGCGGGGUUUGGUGACCGAGGAUCCGGGCGUGUGGGUGCAUCCCCCCCUAGCCCCGAAAACUCCGCUGCGGGCCAGCAGUCAACAUGCGGAAGAAGAUGAGGCUGCGCAGCUACCCCGCAAGAUCACGGCGGUCGGGGUGCAUCUGCGGCGGAACAUCAGUAGCUUCGGGAUCGGGUUCAACGUCACCCAGGAGCCCAUGUGGUGGUUCCGGCAGAUCGUGGCGUGCGGGCUGGAAGGGCGCGAGGCGACCAGUCUGGCGGGUCUCGGCGUGCAGGCGGAUGUCCCGGCGGUGGCCGGGCGGUUUGUCGAGGCGUUUGUGCGGCGCGUGAAUCGCGAUUUUGCGGCGCAGGGCGGGAAGGGGAAGGGGGAGGGGAUUGAGGAGGUUUAUUCGAUUGCGGAGGAGGAUUUGUUGAGGGAGUAG